GAUUCUGAGGGUUUCUUACGAAAACAAAGACAACCUUUCAUUCAUUCACACAAAGCAAAAAAAAAAGAAGAAGAGAAACAUGGCGGCUGCUGUAUCAUCCGUUUGGGCAAAGCCCGGUGCUUGGGCUCUCGAAGCCGAAGAGCAAGACGCCGAGCUCCAGCAACAACACCAAUCAUCCCUCGCCUCUAAUCAAACCGCCCCCUCCUCCGAUUUCCCCUCCUUAGCCGCCGCCGCCACCACCAAAACCAAGAAGAAGAAGGGCCAAACCUUAUCCCUCGCCGAAUUCUCCACCUACAAGGCUGCAACCGCUCCUCCUCAGACGGAGCGCCUCACUCAGGCCGAGCUCGUCUCCCUCCCCACGGGCCCGCGCGAGCGCUCCGCGGAGGAGCUCGAGAGAUCUAAGGGCUUCCGGAGCUACGGACCUAGGGAGGACUCCACCUCCAGGUGGGGCUCCUCUAGGGCUUCCGAGGACGGUGAGAGGAGAGGAGGCGGUGGAUUCGGCAGAGACAGGGAGUCUAUGGGCCCUUCGCGGGCCGAUGAGACUGAUGAUUGGGCCGCUGGGAAGAAGGCCUUUGGUGGGCGAGGCCCAAGCGAUGGGUUCGAGAGGAGAGAUAGAGGCCCAGGUGGAGGAUUCUUCGAUUCUCAGUCUAAGGCUGAUGAAGUCGAUAGCUGGGUCUCCUCUAAGCCCAGAUUCGUUCCUUCUAGCAACAACGGCGGCGGCGGAGGCGGCGGUGAUAGAUUCGAGAAGCGAGGGAGUUUCGAGUCCUUGUCUAGAACCCGCGAUUCUCAAUUCGGCGGCGGAUCUGAAUCCGACACAUGGGGGAGGAGAAGAGAGGAGAGCGGCGCGCCACCGGCUUCCGGCGGUGGUGGUGGUGGUAGCUCACGGCCGAGAUUGGUGUUGCAGCCGCGGACGCUUCCUGUGGCUGCUCCCGUUGUUGUGGAUGUGAAGCCGGAGAGCCCGGUGGCUGUAGAGAGACCUGUCAUUGUGGAGAGACCUAAAGGUGCGAAUCCGUUUGGGAACGCGAGGCCUAGGGAGGAGGUUUUGGCUGAGAAGGGACAGGACUGGAAGGAGAUUGAUGAGAAGCUCGAGGCUGUUAAGUUGAAGGAGGUUGCAGAGAAGCCUGAUGAGGGGAAGAUGGGGUUUGGUCUUGGUAAUGGUCGUAAGGACGAUCGUACUGACGGAAGUUGGAGGAAAAGCUCUGAGCAAACUGAGGAAACACCAGCUGUAGAAGAGGCUAACAAGGAAGAACCUGCCAAGGAAGAGGCUGGCAAGAAAGAGGCUGAGGACGAAAACUAAAUGAGCAUUUUGGGAGUGCGAGGAGUUCAUGAGGGUUUUUAGCUUCUGAGAAUUUGUGUUGUUUUAAGUUGUCUGUUUAACUCUAUAGAAAUUUUUUGGUAGGGGACUCCUUAUAAUUUAUGUCUUUUGUUUGCAUACAGUCUUGCAAUUUUUAGGGAUUGUGGGUGUCUUUCUAUGAUUUUGCACAAUUUGUUAUUCGUAUUAUUGUCUCCUUUUUUUCUGAUUUGUGAGCUGUUUCGUUGGACGAGUGGUAAGUUGUAUUUGUUUGUUGUUGAACGUUGAUCCACUGUUUCAGAGAGA